UAAGUACACUUGGAGGAAUAUUAGUGGCAGUGAGUUGUUUGAAAAGUUUAUAGCAGUCGCAAGGUCUGUAAACCAGUUCGUGACGUUUUCCUUUUUAUCCAGAGCGGAGCAAUGUGAACGCUUCAUCGUUUUCACACCGUUAUCAAAUAAAUCCGGAGCAGUGUGAACAGGUAAAACGGAUGGAUAUGAAAACGGAUAAAUACGAGUACGGAGCAAUGUGAACAUAGCCUAAGGCGUAUGUUGGGUAACAACAGAAAGGGCUGGGAAAACCCUCAAUUCAUUUAUCCAUAGUCUAUGCUUUUUCUGAGAAGAUAAAGAAUGACGUCAAAGAAGUUCCCAGAAAAGCUACUGCUGGGAAUCCCCAGUUAAUAACAGGAAAAUAGUUUCGAAAGGUGAAUUUGUCUUGACACACAACACAGAGAACACACAACACGUAACAUUAUAUUCCUCUCUGUUAACAAAGUUGCCAGAAAGCAAAGAUUGAAACAAUGGUUAUCCGAGAUAAAUGUACGUACAGAGAUGAGAUAAGGAUUGAUGGCCUAACAAAUGACGAGUGCCGUUUGUUAUCUAAAAUUUUCACACAAUUUAGGCCUAGUAAGGGCCUAAGAGGUGUACAGCAUUUCGACGACGACGCAACGUUUCCUUGCUAUAAGCUCUCCAGUCACGUUUAUAAAAUUGCACCGGACCGUGUGGAUAUAGAAUAUUUUGGCAGAGAUGGAUCCGCAAUGGAAUACCUAUCUGAUGUUUUGAAUGAGAUCAAAUCAUUCAACAAAACAGAGCACUGUCCAUUGGUACCCCUGUUUGUUGAAGGAGACGGCCAUUGUUUGGUUCAUGCAAUAUCAAGAUGCCUGGUUGGCCGCGAGAUUUACUGGCAUGCACUCAUGGUUGAAAUGCAGAGAAACCUCAAGCAAAACAAACAACUUUACCAAAAGAAACUACAUGAAUUUUACUCGCCAGAUAGCUUCAACCAAUACAUCAAAGAGGCAGAUCCAGAUUACAAGCCACCGCCGGACACAGAGUUAGGUCUCUCCGAUCUACAUAUAUUUGCCUUGGCCAAUAUUCUUCAUCGACCUAUUUUUCUUUUUGAUGGAGAGAAAAAAAUUCAAAAAGAAUCAAAAUUUGCUUUUAUAUUUCUGCCGGUCUUUGAUGAGGGAAGCAUGCAGAAAGAGCCAAUUUUCAUUGCAUGGUCAAGUCGAGCUAGAAACCAUUUUGUUCCACUUGUAGGCAGAAAGGAUAUGGGCCAAUUCCACUUGCCAGACAGCAUUAUUCCUCAUAUCUGGGGGCCUUUUAACAUCGAUUACAAAUGUUCUGCAUAUGGAAAAGGAGCAGAGUUAGUAGAGGGAUAUUGGAAAAAUAUCGUGCCGCUUAUGGAACAAAAAUUUAUGGACUUGCACGAAAUAUCAGUUGAUGUUGUUGCUGCAUAUUAUCAUAAGGUUGAGAAAGCAACAAGGCAAAUCGCUUUGACAGAUGCUGAGAUGAUAGAAGCAGCCAAGGAAGCCGUAUCUGCGCAGACACUAAUGAUGUGCGUAACAUGCCGCUCCAUCGAGCACAUCCAUUUGUUGCAUGUACUAAUGAUUAAGCAUAAUUUGGCUGUAAAAAAUUGCGAUCGCUGUUCAGGAGCUUUAAGAGAAAUCAAAGCAAACGGAGAAAUUAUGUACGUUAAUGGAGAUUAUGUGAAAACCCGUGAUUCAAAUUAUGUUGAAAGUGAAAUGAAGGUUUACUGGGACGGUGAACUGUAUGACAAUGUCCCCGAGAGCAUCUCAAUCACGAUACCAUACUCUGACGUCGAAGAGAAAAUCGAAUGGUUUUAUAGAGAGUCAGAUCCGUCAAAAAAAUCGAACGCGUAUGAAAUUGCAGAUCGGCUCAUCGUGAAACACAACAUCAAUGAAUAUCGCGAACAUCUCAUUUCAAAAAUAGCUGAAGAAAUCCUCAACAAGACGGCCUACCUUUACCGUGAUGAUGCAGUAAAUAGCUGGAGGACAACAAACAUCUCGAAUCAGAUGGAUUUGCAAGGAAGCUGCGAGAAAGUCAGCCAGAACAAGCCUCUAUUUGAAGCUGCAUCGACAGAGGCUGUUAAAGAACACAGAUCAAAGGGUAGCAAAAAGUUGAAAGCAGGAAAGGUGAAAAAAGAGCAGGGGAAUGCAGUAAAAUCACAAACAGAAAGCGAAUGCAUAAAUUCGUUACAGCAACCAGCGAAAACUUGCAGCCCAAAGAUCUGUCUUUCAUUCAGCGGGAAAAAAGUGCAAAUCGAAAUCGUGAACAAAAUCACGUACAAACAGCUUCAGAGUUUGGUCAAACGAAAUUUCGGCAUCGAACCCGAGAAACAGAUUCUCAAGCGUGGAUUCCCUAGGACAGCCAUCUCACAGCCUGAGGAUGAAAACACGACUCUGUGUUUGAAGCAUGGGGAUACAGUCAUUGUUGAUAAGUGCCUAGAAACUGAUCAAAAGCCCUGCAAUUCAGAGGAGGGAGCCUCGGAGGGAACAGCAUAUGCCGAUGAAGUGAGUAAAACAUUUGGUUGGAACAUCAUCGAAGAAAUUGCCAUCGAAGAAGUUUUAAGAAAAAUAGAAGAGCUAACGACAGCUCAAGGUGAAACAGAAAAAUUGGAGGAAGAUGAGAGGGAGAAGUAAAUGGAAACAAACUGGAAACUCGAUUGCCAGUGCCAAAGAUACAGAAUGCCAGAAAAAACAACUGAACAAAUAGCAAAAUUUAUUGCAAAUUAUGCCCAAAUAAAAAAAUGAUUCGCCAGCUACGUGAUCAAUGCAAAAGCAUAAAUCUCUUACGAUUAAUAACAGCAGGAAUUUUUAAUCAUUUUGAAAAUAGGGGUUGUCUUAUAUUUUGUUUUUAAGCAUUUGUUUCAGGUCCACCCUGCGUUUGCCGCACAAGGAAAAAUACAAUGUUAGUUUUGUUAGCCAAGAAACUUGCAUAACAUGUUUGUUUUUUGCACCAUACAUUUAUUAACAACAAUCUACCCUUGCCAGCAAUUAUCUCAAUAUGAAAUAAUGUCAUUAACAAAUACGAGCUACAAUACAACGGAAAAUUUUAUAUAUAACGGAAAAUGUCACUAUUCCGAACAGUGUCCGUUACACUGGGCCUGCAUUUUGUUUUCUGCCAUUAUU